ACGGCCGCCGCCGCUGACGGCACCGGCUGCAGCGCCCGCUCCUACCGCCGCAUCGUCAUGACGUCGGCCGCCGCGCUGCUGCUGCUCGCCGCCCUCUGCGCGGGGCUGAACACGGCGUCAGGAGCCGUGGAGCCGACGUUCGAGCACUGCUGCCGGCUGGGCUCGCGCAGCGCCCGGGACGGCCGGGUCUGUGUGGUCAGUUCGACGCCCGUGCCGGAUGUGGCCGCCGAGGAGCAGGCCAUGUGCGCUGCCGUGCGCGCCAUCUGCUGCAGCAGGAAACAACGGCAGAUGAGAUGUUCGGCCGGCACGGAGGCGGCCAAAAACCAGCAGCCGUGCCAGCUGCAGAGGAGCGCGCCCAGCCAGGUUUUCUACAAGGACUGCUGUGAGGGCUGCAAGCUGGGCCUGCUGGUGGGGCCCAUGGGCAUGGGCUGCUCAUUCACGCGCUUCAAGUUCGGCCACCCGUGGGAGAACAGCUUUCUGUCGUGCUGCAGCGACCGCUCGCCGGUGGACCCUGUCAUCCCAUCGCUGCGGCCCACUCUGCCCGACGGCUCACAGCACGUGGUUGAGUCAGACUCGGAGAACAUCUGUGACCUGUUCGUGGGUCAGCUGUGCGCUCAUCUCUGCGUUUCCGUACCUGGAUCUUACCGCUGUGAAUGUCGGCCGGGCUUCGCACUCGGCCCUGACGCCAAGUCCUGCACCCUGGACCCGGGCCGUGACAGGUGUCAGGAAAACAACCCAUGCGGCGACAUCUGCACAGACACGGGCGUGGAUGUGCGCUGCUCGUGUCGGCCGGGCUUCCAGCUGGCGCCAGACCAGGUCAACUGUCUCGACGUGGACGAGUGCCUGACGCGCGUGCACGAGUGCCGGCCUGGCCACAUAUGCUUCAACGAGCCGGGCGCGUACGGCUGCCUGGACCGCGUCAGCCGAGAGGUGUACCGGCCUGGACCGGCGGCGCCCGACCAGGCGCGUGCCACCGACGGCCGCGACCCGGAUACCGAAGACGGCGAGAGUGUCUGCCCAGAAGGUUACACUUUAAAUCAGGCCAACAAACUAUGCGAUGACGUGGACGAGUGCGCCGACCCGAGCUCGUGCGGCGACAAGGCCUGCCAGAACUCCGUCGGCAGCUUCCAGUGCAUUGCGCAGAUCAGCCCCUGCCCGACCGGCUUCGUCUUCAAUCCCAACCUGCAGACCUGUGUCGACAUCGACGAGUGCCUGGAGGGGACGUCCACCUGCGACCCCACGUCCGAGUUCUGCGUCAACACGCAGGGCAGCUUCACGUGCCAGACGCGCCGUGGACCACAGGACUGUCCAGCCGGCUACAAGUACGACCAGACGACCACCACCUGCCUAGAUGUGGACGAGUGUGGCGAGCAGAUCGACGGCUGCAGCCCGGACUCGGAGGUUUGCCGUAACACCGUCGGUGGCUAUGAGUGCGAUGUCAAGUGUGAGAGCGGCUUCAGCUACAGCGUGGCCUCGCGCUCCUGCGUCGAUGUGGACGAGUGUGCCGAGCGGCUCGACAACUGCCAGGCGAGCGAGACCUGUCAGAAUGUGCCGGGCGGGUUCCGGUGCCGCCUGCGGGCCCGCUGUCCGCCCGGCUACCGACCCAGCCUGCUGUACGGAGUCGACUGCGAGGACAUUGACGAGUGUGACGAGCGGCUAGACAACUGUUCGCGCAGUGAGGGUCAGAUCUGCCAGAACACCGAGGGCGGCUUCAACUGCAUCAUACGCUGCCAGGCGGGCUAUCGCUUCUCGCCGGCCGCCGGGGCGUGCGCAGAUAUCGACGAGUGUGCCGACGGCCUGAGCAACUGCACAGCGGCCAGCACCUGCGUCAACACUGAAGGGGGCUUCUCAUGCCGGCCAAACUGCCCGGCCGGCUUCAGACCCACAGUCAGCGGAGGCUGUGACGACAUUGACGAGUGUGCUGAGGGUACGGACAACUGUCGGCUGGGCCAGACGUGCAGCAACCGGCCGGGCUCCUUCAGCUGCGUGGCCAACACCACCUGCGACGCCGGCCUCCAAUACUCCUACGCCAGCCGGAAGUGCGAGGACGUUGAUGAGUGUGCGGCCGGCACGCACGGCUGCAACCUGCGCACGCACACGUGUACCAACACCGUGGGCAGCUUCACUUGCAUCGCGCGGCUGCCAGCCUGCCGUUCCGGCUACCGCUACAGCAGCGUGCUGCGGGAGUGCGUCGACAUCGACGAGUGUAAGGAGGGCACGGCCACCUGCAACACGGCGCUCGAGUACUGUGUCAACACGAUCGGCGACUUCCAGUGCAACAAGCGUAUCGACCCGAUCCAGUGCGCCACUGGCUUCCAGCUGAACCCCGUCACGGGCAUCUGCGAAGACGUGGACGAGUGCGCCGAACAGCUGGAUUCGUGCCCGCCACUGCUACAGUGCGUCAACAUCCGCGGCAGCUUCACCUGCAGUCGCAGCUCCUACAACCGCACCCAGCCGGGCCGGCGCCCCCACCGGCUCGACGACCGCUGUCCGGCCGGCUUCAAGUUCCUGGCCGGCCGCUGCCGCGACAUCGACGAGUGCGCCGAGGGCACACACCUGUGCAACCGUGCCACCGAGCGAUGCGUCAAUGAGGAGGGCGGCUAUCGCUGCCGGGAAGCGCGUGCGCCACCGGAGCCGCCGCGCGGCUCCACCGACUGCGACGAUGGCUUCCGCUUGUCCACGACCUUCGGCCGCUGCCUGGACGUGGACGAGUGCCGCGAGCAGCCGGGCGUCUGCGGGCCGCAGGGCGCCUGCGUCAACACCCGCGGCAGCUUCAGCUGCCAGUGCGAUCUCGGCUUCAAGAGUGACAAGGAGACGAAGCGCUGCGUCGACGUGAAUGAAUGUCAGCUGGACAUCCACAGCUGUGUGGACCAGCAGCGCUGCGACAACACCAUCGGCUCGUUCUCCUGUAUCCGCACCUCCGGCUGCGGCACCGGCUAUACGCUCAACUCGCAGCUGGGCAUCUGCGAGGAUGACGACGAGUGCGAGCUGGGGCGCGACAACUGCGCCAGCCUCGGCGCCAAAUGGGUGUGCAACAACAUCGAGGGUUCGUUCCGCUGCGUCAGGAAGCGCUGCAACUACGGCGAGAAGCUGACGGCGGACGGCCGCUGCGUGACGGUCGACUGUCGGCCCGGGUACCGGCCCGACCGGGCCGGACGGUGUCGCGACAUCGACGAGUGCGAGGGCGAGCCUUGCGGGGCCAACUCGCGCUGCACCAACACGCCCGGCAGCUACACGUGUGUCUCACUGCUCCAGUGCCGCACCGGCUACCAGCCGGCGGAGGACGGCACGGUCUGCGUUGACAUCGACGAGUGCAGCGAGGCUCGCAGCACGUGCACGGCUGACCAGACCUGCACCAACAAGCCAGGCGGGUACGAGUGCUCAUGCCAGACGGGCUACAUCAUCAACCGCUUCAACCAGUGCGAGGACGUCAACGAGUGUCUCACCUACGGUGACAAGGUGUGUGGAGGCAGCAGCCAGUGUGUGAACACGCCCGGAUCGUACCUCUGCCGCUGCUCGGAGGGCUACAAGCAGGGACCGAAUCCCCGCAUAUGCGUUGACAUGGACGAGUGCGAGGAGCGGCCGGGUAUUUGCCACCAAAAGUGCCACAACACAUGGGGCUCGUACAAGUGCGCCUGCAACGAUGGCUACCGGCUGCACACGGACAAGCGGAACUGUGUGGACGUGGACGAGUGCGAGGAGGCGCGACAGCUCAGCUACGGUAGCCUCUGCAUCGGUCUUUGCGUCAACGAACCCGGCAGCUUCCGCUGCGAGUGUCCGCAAGGCUAUGUGCUCGGGCCGGAGUCGCGGCAGUGUCAGGACAUCAACGAGUGCUCGAGCGGCAGCGUGUGCCGCGCCGACGAGGUGUGCCUCAACACGCGUGGCGGCUUCCGCUGCAACCGGAUCGACUGUCCACCCAACUACGAGCGCGACGACGCUCAUCGCAACCGGCAGGUGGAGGAGGACGGCUCGUACGUGUGCCGCAAGGUGUGUCGGCCCGGUGAUGCCGCCUGCCAGCGCAGCCGCACGCUGACGCAUAGUUACCAGUUCGUGGCGCUGGCCAGCCAGCCGGUGGUGCUGAGGCCGCGGCCGCUGACCACGCUCGGCGCGCUCGGCAGCCACGGCGGCCUCUUCACCACGCGCUUCCACCUCGCCAGUGGCAACGAGGAGAACUAUCUGCAGCUGCAGGAGAACCUGAUGGGGCCGCGCACAGGUACGCUGCUGCUGGUUCGGCCCGUGACCGGGCCUCUGACGCUGCGUGUCACCCUCACCAUGACCGUGUCCCGGCGGGGCCAGCUGCACACCGAGCACGUGGCCGUCGUCGAGGUGGACGUCGGCAGGUACGAGUUCUGAGCGUCGGGCCCGAUGCCGGGGUGCGGCUCUCGAGCGGGCCGCUCCGGACCGAGUGGCUGGCUCGGAUUGGCGGCCCACCCGACUCGCCGUGAUGGCAGACCGACGUGCGCGGCCAUCAGCGGAGCGCGGCAGAGAGGCAGUGCCAUGCAGGCAGGGGCGGGGGCGGGGGCGGAGCAGGCUCAGCGCCGGCGCGGCCCCCGCGGGCCGGGCGGAGUACAGAGGCUGUCGCCGCCCGCUCCCGCCGCGCCGCUCGAGAACGCUGCUUGACCUGCCUCGCUCCGAUCGAUUGGACCAGGCGGCCUGUAGCGGACUGGUGAGCCGCGCAGUGCGUGGUCGUCCGGCUCCGACGGAUCUGCUGCUGGUGACUCGAAGUGUACUUGUCGCAUAUAGCCGCUGGACUCUGCUGGGCUGCGGGAGUCGAAAAAAACAGAUAACGCGAUCGGGUAUGCACGCAUGCGUUGCUGAUGGCUCAUUAAGAGCCUAGUGUGUGGUUCCGUUCCAUCGCGCUGAUCUGCAGAUAGUGACGCAGUGGCGUGAUCGGGUAGGCAGCAACACUACAUCCAAUAGGCCCGUACCGCGCAGGUCACUGGGUAGUGUGCAUGUGACUGCAAAGCACAUUGUAUUGUUAAAACGUGCUAUCACCCAUUUCUAAAAUAGUUUUAAGUCGCUGUGGCACCAGUGUGCGCCCAAUUGCUUCCGUUGCAGAUUUCUUCCCCAGGUUUACUGGGCAACUUAUAAAAACCGCAUAAUGAGCAAGCAUGUGACGUAUUGAAUGUUAAGUUAAAAAUACACCACAAACAGAGUAAU